AUGAGAGUGUGGAAACCGAUCAGAGUGUGGAACAUGUUCAGCCCGCUGAUGGACCAUGACGAGGACCAGCUGGAUCGCGUGGAGCGUGAUCAGGCCCAUGAGGGGCCAAGCGGCAUGAUCUUUGAUUGGUAUGCGUUGGAGGCGGCGGAGUUUGGUUUCAGCGCAAAUGAGACGGAUCAGCUGGAUCGCGGGGAGCGUGAUCAGCCCCAUGAGGGGCCAAGCGGCAUGAUCUUUGAUGGGGAUGCGUGCAAAAAUGAGGUUUUGGCCAAGCAGGUGAAAGACCAAGUAGCCCUGAUGAGGUACAUGAGGAGCAAGCAGGGAGCAUCAGCCACAAAAGCAUAUCACAAGGACAUGGCAGCACACGCAGAGCGCAUGCAUAAGGCACGCACCAUGCAGGCAAAGGAGAACUAUGAGAGAGGCCAACCUCCUUGUCCCCUGGGUUACCCUGGAGACUGUUGCGACGCAGCUGUGGGUCCAACAGCGGCCAAUGCUUUGGAGGUCUUAGCGGAAGACGGAGCACCGUAUGCUCUAUCCUUGGGCAACCUCAGUGAGGGGUGGCUCGCAUCACUCCAACAAGCCCCUUCAUUGGCGGAUGGCGAUGACUCCGAUGCUGAAAUGGCGGUAGAGGAGAUGUCAGAACUCAAGGGCUUCAACAUGCCGUUGUCCUUCGGCAAGCAGAAACCAGUGAGAACUGCCGGCCCACAGGCACACAAUGCCACACAAAGGAAAGGCCGAGGUGAAAAACCCGUGCCCAAGGGAGUGCAGUUUGGCCCCCGCAUCACAGACGUCGCAUCAAAGGCUGGUGCCCAAGCCCGGAUGGGACGAGCUACUGCACCAGAAGUACAACCAGGGCCGGAGGAAGAUGCUGAAGAGGAGGAGGAACGAGUUGGACCGGCGAUGCCGACAGGCAGAGAGGAGCCGGAUGAACUGCCAGAGCCAGGGAAGGAGUUGGAGGUCAUUCCAGUGACCCAUGAAGUGGAGGUUCCCUGCUUUGACAAAGCUGUGACUGCAAUAGGGCUGGAUCCGAAAGGAUCUCGGAUGAUCGCAGGUGGCUUGGAUGGCACGCUCAAGUUUUUCGACUUCCACGGCAUGUCAGAAGCAAAGGAAGCCUUCCGAGAUUUGGAGCCGGUGGUCGGGAAGAUGGUGCACUCCAUCUCUUUCAGCACGACGGGUGGCCAGGUGCUGGUGGUGUGUUCGGACGCUUCCGCGCGGAUCUACGAUCGCGAUGGUUCGUCCACGCCCAUUCAGCAGACAGUCUUAGGCGAUAUGUAUGUGCGACAGAUGGAACACACCAAGGGCCACACGCAGACCUUGACUGCGGGAAUGUGGCAUCCAUUCAGGAGUGAGCACUUCCUGACUGCCUCAUUGGAUGGUACCAUGAGAAUAUGGGACAUGACAGCAGAUCCAGUUGGCAUGGACCAACAGCUGCCAUGCAUCCAUGUCCUGAAGACGGUGGACAAGCGCAACGUGUGCGUGGGUGGUGGCUCGGGCAAGCAGGGAGGGCUUUUUCCCACUUGCUGCACCUACUCUCCCACAGAUGCAAAGAAGAUUGUGGCGGGAUGUUCCUUGGCUGGAGUGUGGCGAGAUAGAUUAUGA